ACCUUCCAGGCCACCAUAAAUACCUUCAACUUAAGCUCUCUUCUUUCCCUUCUUACAAAAGAGAAAAGAAUACUAUUUCUCCUAUAUUUUUAUCUGCUUUUUUGCGCCCUGGACAUGAGUGAGACCAUGUCUACUCCCACUGACUGGCCGCAGUUUUACGAUCAUGCUCUUUCUAACCAGGAAAUACCGAACCGCGUUCGUAUUUUGACGUCCGAAUCGGUGUUCGGCGACCAAGGUUCCGACACCGCCGUCCUCACCACUCCAACUGUCACCUCCAGCAGCGCUCCCUUGAGCUCGUUAGGGUCGGGACUAGGUGGUGGUUCAAGCGGUGGUCAUUUGAGCCCCGAAGGGCGCGUCGGGAAGCCAGUCCGAAGACGAUCACGGGCUUCGAGGCGAACCCCUACUACCUUGCUCAACACGGAUACUACCAAUUUCCGAGCCAUGGUUCAACAAUUCACUGGCGGUCCCAGUGCUCCUUUUGCAGGGGGAGCUCCUCACCAUGGCGGGCCAAAUUUCGGGUACGGGUUCGGAACCCGUCAUCAACCCCAUAAUAGUAACCCAAAUAACCCUCUCAUGCUUCCUCCCACUGGUUUUCACUUGCAAUAUCAACAACAGCAGCAGCAUCAAAAUCAAUUAAUUCACCACCAAAACCAGCCGUUGAUGUUUUCAUUGAACAGCAAUGAUAAUAGCCCAGCGCCGGGGGAGCUUUUUUUUCAAAGACUAGGUGUUGGUGGUGGUGUGAACAUGCAAGGGUCGGAUGCUUCGUCACAGGUUCCAGCCUCUAGAACAUCAACUUCGUCAUCCAAUGACAAUAGGAGUAACCCUAGGCUCAUGUUUUGAGAUUAAUGAGAGGGACAUAAAGCAGAAUGUUAGGUACUGACUUGUCUUAGGGAGAAAUUAAAACAUUGACCAAUGUAAAUAUUUUCCUUUUUUUUAUUUAUUUCUUUUUCUUUUUAUGCCAA